GAGUGGUGUAAGAGUAGUAACUGGCCCGCAAAGGUCUGCUGUUGCACCUCCCUUUUACCGAAAGGCUGCAUCUACCCAGUACUCCCUGAAAAGCAGUGAGGCUCCUGCUGAAAGCUUCAGUGGCUGGAGCAUUGCUGGGGGUGGAAUUGUAGUGUGGGGUUGGCUCUCUUGUUUGACUUGGCUUCUGCCAAAGUUGUGUGUGUUCCUUUUCAGCUGAAUUGGUAUGGUGUGUUACAGUUUUAAAGUGCCAUCCAGUUUUGAAGCACAUGACCAUGCUCCUGGGAGAAUUUGCUUAUGGUGGCCAUCCAUACCCCUUUUCUGGAAUAUUUGAAAUUUCCCCAGGAAAUGCUUCUGAACUAGGAGAGACGUUUAAAUUUAAAGAAGCUGUUGUUUUAGGGAGCACGGACUUCCUAGAAGACGAUAUAGAAAAAAUUGUAGCAGAGCUGGGGAAAGAAUACAAAGGGAAUGCCUAUCAUUUAAUGCACAAAAACUGCAAUCACUUUUCUUCAGCUUUAUCAGAGAUUCUCUGCGGGAAGGAGAUUCCGCGCUGGAUCAAUCGGCUCGCCUACUUCAGCUCCUGCAUCCCCUUCCUCCAGAGCUGCCUCCCCAAGGAGUGGCUCACCCCCGCCGCCCUGCAGUCCAGCGUGAGCCAGGAGCUGCAGGACGAACUGGAGGAGGCCGAGGACGCCGUCGCCUCGGCCGCCAUGGCCCCUGCGGCGGGCUGCAGGCCCGGGCGCCACACUAAACUAUAAAUGUCUCCAAAGUCACACGUUCAGAACUGUCUCCGGCAGUUGAAUAUCACUAGGGAGAAGUAAAAGAGAAGCGUCCUUUGGAUAUUUUGUAUGCAAAGAUGGCUCUCCCCCAAAUCCCAGUUUUACAGCUCAGGAUUAUAUUUGUAAUCAAACCACUUGGCGCAGGAGGGAGAACUUUGCGCGAAGCUACCCUCUGGUUUUUUUUACCCACUUGUAAAUUCGGAUUUACUUCUGUUUUAUACGAGCUCUGUUAAGUUAUGUUUACAGUAUUUUGUAUCGCUGUUUACAAAUCUUGCAUGGACUCCUGCCACCGUGAAAGAAGAAAAUCUUCAUGUCUUCAAUAUUAGGCAGGUAAUCUUUGUACACUUCCGACAAUUGCCAGAACGAUGGCAUAGAUAAUAGGCACACAAAAAGGUACUUACGCGGUUACAGUCACCAUCACCUGCUUAAGAAUUGUCUUUCAGGUUUGUUUGUUUCUGUUAAGGUUUUGGCACCAGGAUGCAGAGGUGAAGGAGCACACGCAGCCCUGAGGGUGGGCCUUGGCCGGCUGAGCAGCGGGCUCCAGCUUCCUUCCUCUUAGCUCUCCUCCCCUCCCACUCAGCAGCACAUCCGAGGUUCCCGCCCUGCAACCGGUUGCUCUCAUCCCAAAUAUCCAUCCAGCCGGGCAGGAUGGUCCAUUCUUGUGUCCGUCUAGACGGCUUUGAUGCCUCUGACUCUGUAAUUAAGAUGUUUUUUGUUAAAGACCUUCCUGCUAGUAACUGACAAGUGGUUUUGCACACGUGUUGGGGGGGGGGCCUUCAUUUUUAUUUUAACACACUGACAUCCUCCCUGCACAGGGUUUUGUGAAUGGGGUAGGAACACCCUAAAUGGUAGCCUUCUGAGUAGCAGGGCGAGUUGACAUUCAACUGCUUUUAACUAUUCAGGCUGCCUUUUAUACUAGACCUUGAAAACUGGUCUACAGUAUCACACUCCAAAAAGGUAAUUGUUUGAUAUUUCACACAGUUUAUGUAUCACAUCAGAAAGACUAUGUUGAGUUUGUUAGUUUGUUAUGGGAGUAGUUUCACCUCAUAAUGGAAAACCUAGUCUCAUUGACCUUGUUUAAAAAUCACAUUUGUAUAUCUUAAAAUCCCUCUUUCUGUUCUCUCAAACGUAUGUCUCUCACAAAACAUACUCAAGGAUGGAAUUGUCACCAGAUAGGUCCUCAUUAGCAAGGAUCCGUCUGCUCGAGUCUACUCCCAGCGUGACCUUGGACAUAAGAGCCAAGUCAUUACCUGUCAUAUUCACUCUUUCUGCCUUAAGAAUGAAUGUCCUAUGUGAAAUACUGGAUGCAGUGUACAAACUACCCAAGGCAGUGACUCCAGCUUUCUAUAUGUGGUUUGUUUUAAAGUCAUCCACUUUUACUUCAGCGUCUAGACUGGAUUGUUAGUGCCCCUCCUCUUUGUAAAGAUAAGUAUCUUUCAGUAAACCACAUUUUUAACUUUCCCAUAAGCUGGUUUUGAUUCAUUUUAUCAACUUAAGCACACCCUGUUCAUGGGGAAGAUAAACCUCGAGCUAUAAGCGUUGACCCGAGGAAAGCAAAGCCACUGAACCUAAUCUAUGCUUUGUUUUGUUUCCGGAGAGGAAAGCCUGUACGAGUUAGUCUCGGUUCUCUAGGGGGCAGAGCACUUGUUUUAAGAGAUGCGACAGGAAGAAGAAAGAAUACAUGACCUUCAUGGGAAUGCGACCUGGUUCCAGUCUAAAGGGAGAUUAGAAUAAAACACUAAGAGGCGAGCAGUGAAUUUGUUCACUCGAGGCCUGUCACCAAAUCCAGGUUAGGGACAAGUACACGAUACAGUUUGCUUGGGACUCUUCAUAAUGUGGUAGGUCACGGUUUUCCUAAUUCAUUCGGAUGCAUAUGGUUUAAAGCCAGGUUGCUGACACAUGGAGGGGGGGCCGUGCGUUAGAUCCUUCCUGGUGGAAAGCCAGGAACAUCCAAUCUGUGCUCACUCAGAAUCCAGCACCUCAGUGCAGAGAUAACUUUAUUUGUAUUUUGUUGUAUUUACUUUAAACUGCAGCACUUGGAAUUUUAAAAUACUCUAGAGUCCUAGUUUCAGAAGUACAUUGUGGCUCGAGGCCAGUUAUAGUAACAAUCAGCUGAUGAAAUUCUGGACCUGCGAUGGACCCCAGUCUAAUUGUACUCAAGGUUGAGAGAGGGAGAAAUAUCUUUAGGAAAUCUCACGUAAGCCAAUCCCUUCUCUACAGUUCCUGAUUGAGAAUGGGUUUCAUUGACUAGCACUUGACCAGCUUUUCC